CGCCAUACUCCCUCCCUCUCUAAACUUCUUCCUCUCGAGAGGAAGGUCGACUACCACUCGCUGAGUUCAACAUGAGCAAUGCAGCAACACGUGAGAUGAUCGAGAAGCGUGAUGAAUUUGCUAAUCAGAUAUCGAAUGAUAUUCAUGCAUGUUUAGUAUUUUUCUUGUAAGGAACAUGAUUGAUGGUAAGUAUGUUAACUUUUGAGGCUUUGCUUAAUAUCGAAAGCAUCUCUCUUUUAUGGAUUAAUUUAGCUUUUAUAGUAGUAACUAAACGAAUUUUUGUUUCUUGUUGUAAAUUUUCAUGAUUUUUCAGAUAUAUCGACUAAACAUAUUUGUCUAUUUAUUUUCUUGCUGUGGUUGUAUAUCUGUUUACACAACACCAUUCCAACCACAACAACAACAAAAAUGAUACUAAACGAGGCCUUUGAUGUUUUAAAUUUGCUUAGUAGUAGUGCACUCAUGGUUUAGUAUGCACAAGGAGUUUGCAGUUACUUACAAUAUUUUUGUUAUUAAGUACUGGUUCAUUAACAAAUUUUUAACGGUCUAAUACCGAUAGAGUUAGUAAAGUUUGAACCAUUCAUUAUACAUGUUCAUUCUGAUUCGGGUAUGACGCGAUUACGCGAUUAGAUGGUUCCCGCUCCGGUCAAGAAAAUUCAAGCUCUUCAAGUUUACAAUCUCCAAAGGAAUAGUUCCGCCUAAUUUGUUCCCAUCUCAGCCAGUAAAAAAAUAUUAUUUAUUAUCAUUUUAAUUUAUACGACAUACACUUAACGAUGAGAAAAUCAUCGUUGACUGCCACAUAAAUUAAAAUUAAAAGAAUAAAAUAGCCUAUAUUAUAAUCAACAAUGAACCUAUAAUUAAAAUGAGUGACUAAAUACUAAUGAGAAGAGAAAAUAUUUGCCCUAAGUAAUCAUCUAAACGACAUGUAAUUUAGCCGGCAACAAAAGUGCUUAGGGCCAGCAAUGGGCCCGGCACUUAUCCGAAAACCCAAGGCCCAGACAAGCCCAAAACCCCAAGAGAUUAUCGUCGUCGUCGACAGAAAAUCGUGAGGAAGAGGAUAUUAUUUGGAAAAGAUCCAUCCGUUUGAAAACACACCACCACCACACAUGGUUUCAGAACUCGUAAUGGAAAGAGAUGACUACUGCUGCUGCCCCAGUCCCAUCCCCCGCCGUCGCCGUUCACCACCGCCUCUCUCCCCACCAACACCGCCGUACCAGCACCACCAUCCGCACUUCCUCCGUCGCAGCCUUCACCUCUUCCCGCGCAAUCUCCCGGAGUAGGCUGAGAGUUAGCAAUGGCGAUUCUUCACCGGAAAGUGUCGCCGCCUCCGGUGAAGGGACGUCGGAGGCGGACAGGAUCGUUGACGGGAUGGAUUUCGGGGAGCUGUGCAACGAGUUCGAAUGCAUAAGUAGUCCCCAGGUGGAAUCCACGGCCAGACAGCUCGCCCGUGACAUCUUUCAGCUCCGCCAGGGCAACCGUGCCCUUGGAACCUUUGCCGUCUCAGUCUCAUACAAGGACCCAGUCAGAAGUUUCACUGGUCGAGACAAGUACAAGAGGCCUCUCUGGUUCACUGAUGCCCUCCAAAACCCUACCCCGAGCGUACAAGAAAUGGUGAUGCUGUCGACCAGCUUGCUGAGGAUCAGGUGGACAGUCAGAGGGAAGCCGAAAGCUUUUGCCGGUGCUUUGUUUGCAGGAGAGCUGAUCAUCAAAGUCAACUCUGAGUUCACUCUGAACCAGAUUAGUGGACAGGUAAUCGAGCACCGAGAGUCCUGGGACCUAUCAGCUUCAUCCCCUCCUGGCCAGGCAUUCUUCUGGGCGUCUCGUCGCCUUUUUGCCACCGUCGAAGCUGGCAAAGACUUGGGUGUUCUGUUCAAGGAUCUGGGCAGCCGCAUUUCAACCCAGAAGGAUAGCUCUGACGAUAUUUAUCCCGACCCCUCUGGUGAUCCUACCAAAUUCUUUCAAACGGACGAUAGCUUUCAACGAGACGCAUACCAGAUCGCUCUGUUUCUAGCCGUUGUCUACCUGGUUUUCCAGUUCCUGAAGAUAACCUUGUAAAUUGUAAUGCACGUAGAAAGCAUAUAUUGAUACUCUUGCUCCCCAUGGUGCAAAAUACUCUGGUGGUAAGCAGCAUUGUGACUGUUUGCGUUUGCAAUCCAAAAAUUACCAAAAUACUUUUCAAUAUUACAUCUCAAUCCUCUAACUGCUGACAUGAUUUUACUAGCCGAGAGUCGUUUCUAUUCAUUCGUGCUCGAAUAUGUGUUCAUCUUCACCGAAACUUUCGCUCCUGACAUGAUCUAUCAUGUGGGGUUGCGAACGUCUUGAACAAUCCUACUAAAUAAGAUAGGCUACGUACAGACUACAGUCAAGACAGUUACCAACAGGGAUUGAGUGGUUCUUAUCAGCUAAGAAAUCUGCUGCAUGAUU